AAAGCACAUCGGGGCUGCUGCCUGGAGCCCAGGCUUGCUCCUAACCCAUGAAAAUUUGCCAAGUAUAAAAGCUUCUCAAGAAUGAGAUGGAUCCUGGAUCAUCCUCCCCCGAGAAGCAGGAUAAAGAGAAUUUAGUGGGCAUCAACAACAACAGACUCGGUGUGUGUGGCUGGAUCUUGUUCUCCCUUUCUUUACUAUUGAUGAUCAUUACCUUCCCUGUCUCCAUAUGGAUGUGCUUAAAGAUCAUUAAGGAGUAUGAACGUGCUGUUGUAUUCCGACUGGGACGCAUCCAAGCCGACAAAGCCAAAGGGCCAGGUUUAAUCUUGGUCCUGCCCUGCAUAGAUGUGUUUGUCAAAGUUGAUCUUCGAACUGUUACUUGCAAUAUUCCUCCACAAGAGAUCCUCACCAGAGACUCUGUGACCACUCAAGUGGAUGGAGUUGUCUAUUAUAGGAUCUAUAGCGCAGUCUCGGCUGUGGCUAAUGUCAAUGAUGUCCACCAAGCCACAUUUCUGCUGGCGCAGACCACUCUCAGAAAUGUCCUAGGGACACAGACCUUGUCCCAGAUUUUAGCUGGCAGAGAAGAGAUCGCCCACAGCAUCCAGACCUUACUCGAUGAUGCCACGGAGCUGUGGGGAAUCAGGGUGGCCCGCGUGGAAAUCAAAGAUGUCCGGAUCCCCGUGCAGCUGCAGCGGUCCAUGGCUGCCGAAGCCGAGGCCACUCGGGAAGCCAGGGCCAGGGUUCUUGCUGCAGAAGGUGAAAUGAAUGCUUCCAAAUCUCUGAAGUCUGCCUCCAUGGUCCUAACUGAGUCACCCAUAGCCCUCCAACUGCGUUACCUACAAACCUUGACUACUGUGGCCACAGAGAAGAAUUCCACCAUUGUGUUUCCUCUGCCCAUGAAUAUACUAGAGGGCAUGGGUGGUCUCAGUUACAAUGACAACAAGAAGGCUCCUAACAGAGCCUGAGGGUCUCCUGCCUUAGCCAGGCUUUGCUUAGGGAGUCGCAGCUAAUUCUAUCUAGAACCAAUUUGGCAGAGAGAAAUAUUGAUAAUUGAUAUUUAAACAGAGUAAUGUCAUAGUUGGAAUAGCAUUAGCAGGGAAAUGUUAUAGAGGCUACCAAAAAAAAAAGCAAAACAUGAGGUUUGUGUACUACUUUUAUGUUUAAGAACUUAAAAGACUUCCCAUUGUUCUCAUCACAGCAGUUGAGUAGUUGUCCCUACUUUUAGCAGGAGCUUUCUUGCAGUAAGGGGAAGAAAUCUCUGACCCUGACUAAGCUACAGAAUUACUUGUAAAUUGUUUUUAGCAGCACUUUUGAUAAUCUAUCAAAAAACACAGGCCUCAUAUUUACACUAGCUCCUUGCUUCAUAAUUCCAAAGUAAUUAUUUGGUGAAUUUCCAAUAAUAACAGCAGCCCUCCUGCCCUCCAAAAUUAUGCUUGAAAUAAUGACUUAUUUUGAGGUUAAAGACAGAAGCACGUCCAGCUGCGAACUUAUCAUUAACCCCAGGCAGGCUGCAAUCAGCACACGGCCUCACCUGGCCUGUUGUUUGGCCUCCUGCAGAGAGUGUGGCCUAGUCUCGGCCUCUCAGCACCAAAAUCUCAGGGUGGCUGAGGCACGAGGAGGGGGGGGUCUCCAGUUCCUUUAUUUGCUCACAAGUGAGAAUGCUUGUAAAAGGUUUGGCUGGUGGAUAUCACUGGGGAGCAUUGUCCUGCAGACUCCAUUUUCCUGUUGUAAACCCAGGAACCACAGUCAUGGAGAAUUCUUUGUAAACUCUAAUCCUACUCUCCAGGGGGGAAAAGCUUGUUAAAUAUAAAGAAGCCAUAGGAUGUGAAUAUAUUAAAAAUUGCUUUG